GCAGAAAGUACUUCAACUCCUUGAUACGUUCACCGUACGUGGGAUCUCGAGUACCUACCGACUUUCUUGAAAACCUAAAAAGAAAAGACACCCACAAUUCCCGCGCCAGGUUCGCUGCUCUACCUCCGCCAUCUGGAACCAUGGCACCCAAGCAGCUUAACUUUAUCACGGGCAACAAGAACAAGCUCACAGAAGUGAAGGCUAUUCUGGGCGAAACUAUUGACUUACAAAGUCAAUCCUUAGAUCUUGUUGAGAUCCAAGGCACUAUUGAAGAGAUCUCAGCAGACAAAUGCCGAAGAGCUGCAGAAGCUAUCAAAGGUCCUGUCCUGGUAGAAGAUACUUGCCUAUGCUUUAACGCCCUGAAGGAGCUUCCUGGACCAUAUAUCAAAUGGUUUCUGGAAGCACUGGGCCACGAAGGACUCAAUAAUCUUCUUGCCGCAUAUUCUGACAAGUCUGCUCAAGCUGUGUGCACGUUUGCCUAUUGUGAAGGUCCUGGCCAUGAGCCCAUUAUCUUCCAAGGUCGGACGGACGGCAAGAUAGUACCAGCACGAGGUCCUACCAAUUUCGGGUGGGAUCCAAUCUUCGAGUAUGAGGGUCAGACGUAUGCGGAAAUGGAUAAAGUCGAGAAGAACAAGAUCUCCCAUCGAUUCCGAGCACUAGAGAAGCUGAAGAAAUGGCUUCAAGACUCCUAGAGUGACAGAGAAUGUAUUCCAUAGACGUAGACCGCGGUUUAUUGAGCUUUUGCAGCAUUGUCCUUUUUCCACUGCUUGAUCCACCCUUCAAUACGCU